AAUCAUUCUACCUCAUUCGUAUUUAAAAUAUUUUUCCUCCUAUCUAUCGAUUUUCAUUCUCAUUUAGUUUCUCAUUUCUCCCUGUGUUCUCUCUACCUCGUCCGACGAAGCCGAACAAACAAACCCGAGCUCUUGGUGGAUCAGAGAAUCCGCCCGUAGCCAUCACCUGAACCAACCAUCGACGGCCGAGAUGGUGGAAACCCGGCGCAGUUCCUCCGCUUCCAAACGCCCUGUCCCUUCCUCCGUCCGCUCUUCCCCUCCUCCUCCUCCGUCGAAAAGAUCCAAGUCAGCGGCGACCGCGGCUGGUGCUGCUGCAGCGGAGGCGUCGUCGUCGACGAACGAUGACGCACUGGUGUCUGUGCCGGUUGAAACCCUAAAUCUGGCUAAGGAUUCUGGCCCUGUGCCUCAUGUGCCCGAGUUGCAAUCUUCGGAUCCGCAUGUGGCUGCUCCUUCCAAGGAUGUGCCUGCUGAUGGCGUCAAAACUCCUGAUGUCGAUGUUGCGGAUGCGGAAGUGGAGGAUUUGGCCUCUAUAACGCCUCAAGGUGGAGCUGCAUUGAACAGGGAGAGACCCAAAGGUGCUAGUGUACUAGCUACUCGGGCUAAGAAGGGGCAAAAGAAGCCUGAGAAAUUAGAGCCUCAGGUUGCAUGGGCCAAGCUUCUUUGCCAGUAUUCGAAGGUUAAUGUUGUGCCUAUGUUGAUAAUGUGGCUUGGAGAACUGCCGGGCUGUUGGUUGGACUCUGUAUAACAAGGCAUUAAUUGCUGUCUAAUGAGGCUAUUUUUAAGUCUCAAUCAUCUACCGGGGGGUAAAUUGAUGAUAAAUUUGAGUUGGAGUUUGUCUCAGUGCCACGUAAAUUUGUGAUUGAGAAUAAUCCUCACAUGCCCUUAUGUGGCCCAGUUUUCACUGUUGGUCAAAACCCUGAAAGCAACUUAUGCCUUGAUGAUUUGACUGUCAGUUCUGUUUUGUGCAGACUGAAACAAAUAGAGUGUGGAGGUGUUUAUGCUGCCAUGAUGGAAGUUGUUGGAGGAAAAGGAACAGUCCAUGUUAAUGGUAAGGUUCAGCGCAAAGGUUCUCGUGUAAUGUUAAAUGCAGGAGACGAGGUGGUUUUCAACUCUUCUGCGGAACAUGCUUAUAUAUUUCAGCAGUGCCCGCAUGACAGUUUGGGAGGUCGAGGUAUAGCUUCUUUGAGCAUUUUAGAAGGCCAGGGUGCCGGAGGCAAAGGGAUCCCUCUGGAGGCAAGAUCUGGAGAUUCCUCAGCCUUUGCAAGCGCGUCAAUACUGGCAUCUUUGUCGAAUUUUCAAGAUAUAUUUAUCCCCCGUCCUUUGAAAGCUGGCGAGGAUACUCAAAAGAAACCUGAUCCUUCUAUCCUAUCUCCCAUCAGUGUAACACCUGAUGAUCAUACUCCAGAAAUUAACAUGAAGGAUAGCACAGACAAUAGUGAGCAACCAUUCGUUUCACCAAGGGAGGACAUUGCCGCUCCAUCUGGAAAUUGUGCCAAUGAAAACCCCAAUCUUGAAUCACUUCCAUUGGACGGUGCCACAGAUGCAGAGGCUGGGAAGACACCAGUCCCUAUCUCUGAAUUAAGGCCUCUUUUGCAGAUGCUUGCUGGUUCCUCUUGUGAACGAGAUAUAUCAAAGAUAUUUGAAGGACGGAAGGAGUUACUCAGGGGUCUUGAUCCUUCUGCGGAUCUGCUUUCUACUGGCCGCCAAGCAUUCAAAGACAGUCUUCAACAAGGCAUCUUGAGCCCUGAAAGCAUCGAAGUUUCAUUUGAAAAUUUCCCUUAUUACCUUAGUGAUACAACAAAGAAAGUUCUUGUGGGUGCUGCAUUUGUUCACUUGAAGUGUAACAGUAAAGUAACUAAGUUUGCUUCUGAUCUCCCUACUGUAUCACCUCGAAUAUUGUUGUCUGGUCCUGCAGGAUCAGAGAUAUAUCAGGAGAGACUUGUGAAGGCACUUGCAAAAGACAUUGGAGCUAGACUGCUGGUUGUUGAUUCCCUACAAUUGCCUGGUGGAUCAACAACCAAAGAAGCUGAUCCUGUGAAAGAAAUUUUGAGACCUGAAAGAGCAUUAUUUGCCAAAAGAGUUAUGCAAUCAGCACUACACCAUAAGAAGCCUGCUUCUAGUGUGGAGGCUGACAUUACUGGCGGGUCCAUAAUAAGCUCUCACGCUCUUCCGAAGCAGGAAACAUCUACAGCCUCAUCUAAGCACUGCACAUUUAAAACAGGUGACAGGGUGAAGUAUGUGGGUAUCUCUUCACCAUCAGCGCUGUCUCCUCUUCAACCUCCACUAAGGGGACCUACUAUUGGGUUUCGUGGCAAGGUACUUCUUGCUUUUGAAGAAAAUGGGUCCUCAAAAAUUGGUGUGAGAUUUGAUAGAUCCAUCCAAGAAGGCAAUGAUCUUGGUGGCCUUUGUGAAGAAGAUCAUGGUUUCUUUUGUGCUGCCAAUUCACUACGCUUGGAUAGCUCUGGAGGCGAAGAGUUUGACAGGCUUGCUGUCAGUGAACUCUUUGAGGUUGCUUUGAGCGAAAGUAAAGGUGGUCCUUUAAUAGUGUUUCUAAAAGACAUAGAAAAGUCUGUGGCGGGCAACCAAGAUGCAUAUGCUGCCUUAAAAAGUAAGAUGGAAAAUUUACCAGACAAGGUUAUUGUGAUUGGAUCCCAUGCACAGAUGGACAGUCGAAAAGAGAAGUCUCAGCCUGGCGGGCUUCUGUUUACGAAGUUUGGAAGCAAUCACACUGCUUUGCUUGAUUUUGCAUUUCCUGAUAACUUAGGUAGACUGCAUGACAAAAGCAAGGAGACUCCUAAAACAAUGAAACAACUCUCAAGACUUUUUCCCAACAAAGUGACCAUUCAGCUACCCCAGGAAGAAGGAUUGCUCUUAGACUGGAAGCAGCAGUUGGAUCGUGAUAUUGAAACUCUGAAAGCGCAGGCUAAUAUUGUUACCAUUCGUUCAGUUCUUGCUCGAGUUGGCCUGCAAUGCCCUGAUCUUGAGUGUCUGUGCAUCAAUGACCAGACGUUGACAACUGAAAGUGUAGAGAAAGUCGUGGGUUGGGCAUUAAGUCAUCACUUCAUGCAUUGUUCUGAGGCUUCUCCGGUAGAUGCCAAGUUAACAAUAUCAACAGAAAGUAUCAACUAUGGAUUGAGCAUUCUUCAUGGUAUACAUAAUGAAAACAAGAGCUCGAAGAAAUCACUCAAGGAUGUUGUGACUGACAAUGAAUUUGAGAAGAAGCUUCUAGCUGAUGUGAUUCCACCUAAUGAUAUUGGAGUUUCUUUUAAUGACAUUGGUGCCCUGGAAAAUGUCAAGGAAACAUUGAAGGAACUUGUAAUGCUUCCUCUUCAGAGGCCUGAACUAUUCUGCAAAGGGCAGCUGACUAAGCCUUGCAAAGGAAUAUUGCUGUUUGGUCCUCCUGGUACCGGGAAAACAAUGCUUGCAAAGGCUGUAGCAACUGAAGCUGGUGCAAAUUUCAUAAAUAUAUCCAUGUCAAGCAUCACUUCGAAGUGGUUUGGUGAAGGAGAGAAGUAUGUGAAGGCCGUAUUCUCUUUGGCUAGCAAAAUUGCUCCUAGUGUAAUUUUUGUUGAUGAGGUGGAUAGCAUGUUGGGAAGACGUGAGAAUCCCGGAGAACAUGAAGCUAUGCGGAAAAUGAAGAAUGAAUUCAUGGUGAACUGGGAUGGCUUGCGUACAAAAGAUAAAGAAAGGGUUUUAGUUCUUGCUGCUACAAAUAGGCCGUUUGAUCUUGAUGAAGCUGUUAUUAGGAGGCUCCCGCGAAGGUUGAUGGUUAACUUGCCAGAUGCACCAAAUAGAGAAAAGAUUCUCAAGGUCAUCUUGGCCAAAGAAGAACUGGGAGGCGACGUAGAUAUGGAAGCAGUUGCGAAUAUGACAGAUGGUUAUUCUGGAAGUGAUUUGAAGAACCUUUGUGUAACUGCAGCUCAUUGUCCCAUAAGAGAAAUAUUGGAGAAGGAGAAGAAGGAGAGGAACGUGGCAGUGUCCGAGAAACGACCUGCACCUUCAUUGUAUGGUAGUUCUGAUGUGCGCCAGCUUAAAAUGGAGGAUUUCCGAUACGCGCAUGAGCAGGUAUGCGCAAGCGUGUCGUCGGAAUCCAGUAACAUGAGCGAGCUCCUGCAAUGGAAUGAUCUGUAUGGUGAAGGUGGAUCCAGAAAGAAGAAAUCGCUAAGCUAUUUCAUGUAGAACUGUGUAUAGGAAAAUCGCCCGUUUUUUAUUAACCUUUGGCGCUUUCCUUGAAAGCCUAGUCUUCUCUAAAUUUUUUCUUCUCUUCAUUUCCCCCGCCUUUUAUCUUCUGGUAUAAUUUUCAUUUGUGGGAGAGAGACAGACAGAUCAGGUUAGGCAAACCGAAAAAAGAAAACAAGAAUGUGUAGAGGUUAAACAAGGACUGAACCUUUGUGAAAAAGUUUGGUUUUUCAGGGAUUGAUAAAAAGCAUGCAUGUGCUUAGAAAUUUGCAAUACUAUUAUUGUUCAAGACAUCAUCCUGUUCUCUCCAUUCUGUUUGUUUGAUUAUUUGUUGUUGUUGUUGUUGUUGUUGUUGUUAU